CAAAGCAUUGUUUGCCGUCAAUCCUACGAUGUACCAUGCAUGACCGCAUUUCUCACUGGAUCGACAGACUGCCAGUGACGGCUGAAAAAGACGUCAAGCGCAAGCGUUGCGAGUACCCGCAAACUCGAUCAAGCGAUCUGCCGACGCCGCCCGCAACCCAAAUCUGCCGUUUUACUGGCGAUGUGCCGCCUAGUCCAAUUAUAAACACACCACCGACGAAGCGACAGCAAAAUUUUCCGAGUCACCAAGCCGAAGUUGAGGAGGUCGAACAGACACCCCGUCCUACCGUCGCCGCUCUCCGCGGCAAUGUCUCCCUCAGUUACUCUACAUCAUCGAAGGCAACGAGCAAGCGCAGCAGUAGCCCUCGCAAAAGGCAGGCAGAAUUGGAGGUGGAGCCCGAAGAAGCUAUUCAGGUGCGGUCACUGGCUAACGGCAGACUACCGGAUGAGCUGUUCUCGCUUGUGUCUGAGCUCGAAAAAGCUGCAAGCGGUGAUACACCAGUGCUGCACGCGUCACUCAAGCAGGAGCUAAAAUACGCGGAAGAGAAGGCAAAGGAGAGGCGUGCGUUGGGGUAUCGCAUACCUGACUCCGCAUUUACGAGGGGAGAAGAAGAUACGACGGGAGAUUUGAUCACCGACGUCCCCGCCUCUAGAGUCUGCGAGGUGCUUCUCGCCGCUUUACGCUGUCAAGAACGCAAACAUGACGAAAAUGGGUGGAAUCAGGCUGUACAUUACCGGCUGCUACGCCUGGCGCUUCCAGCAGAUGGAUUUGUCGACUUCGAGCCGUGCACAACCGCAAGAAUUACUCCCGACAUCCUCCCGAGGUCUUCUUCAUCGGGAAAAAAGGUCGAUUACUGUUUUAUAGUCAACGGCGCGUCUGUUUUCGAUCAGCCAGCCAUGGAGGCGGCCAACAGGACUGGCGCAUGGAAGACACCGGCACAAAUUAUUGAGACACUGCGUCGCAGGACGCCCGGAACAUCCAUCAAUCAUACCGACUUUGGCCCGCUGAACAAAUGGCCCAUCGCCAUCAGCGCCGAAGCGAAGAGACCCGGCGAGUCGGGCGAGAAGGCCGAGCUGCAGGUGGGGGUCUGGCAGGCCGCACAGUGGAGGUUGCUCGAAUGGCAGCGGCAGGAGCAACAGAAUAAACUACAAAUUCCACGGCAUUCACAACGAUCGCUGGCCGCUAUGGACAUGGAAGACGAGAUAGGUGAAGGAGAGGCGGGGGUCCGCGUCCUGAGCCAAGAUAUUGCUGCCGUUACCGCACCUAGCCAGAUCUCAAUACCUCCUUCGAUUACACCUGAUUUAGCAUUUCUCCCGGCACUUGUUAUCGUUGGCCAUGAUUGGAAGUUCGCAGCCACAACACGGGAGGAUUGCGAUGGCGGCCGGACAGUACUGUGGACAGAAUCUACGAUUGGUAGCACCAGCAACCUGCUUGGCAUCUACCGGAUUAUCUGGUGUGUCCGCCGGCUGGCAAGGCCUGUGUCUGAAUGCGGAGAAAGACCAAACAUGACAGAAAUGGCAAGUGAUGACGAGAGAUUAACUUAUGUGGAGUUUUGCUGUGCCAAGAAUAAUGGCGACAAGGCAGCCCCCAAAUACCCUCCUUGUUGGAGGUCUGUGGCUGUAUUGAAAGUCGUUGAGAGAUCCUCUGUGCAAAGCGCCUCCACAUCGCCUUGA